GUUGGCGCGGCACAACCCACCCAUAAUACAAACCUUCAUUUUCUCAUUCUCAGCUAUAAAUAAUCACAAAACCCUUCCAAACCCUUUUCCUCUUUCACCUCGCCUUCAGCUUCCACAAUCCUAUCGCACAUCUUUCUCAGUUCUACGAUGGAGUUUUGGGGUGCCGAGGUUAAGGUUGGAGAGUCUGUUAAGGUAGACCCAGCCGAAUUUGAGGCAUGCAUACACCUUUCUCAGGCUGCUCUUGGUGAGGCAAAGAAAGAUAAGCCUGAACCGGUGGUUCUCUACAUGAAAGUUGGUGAACAGAAAUUUGUCUUGGGAACCCUUUCCAGGGAGAAAAUCCCUCAAAUAUCUCUGGAAUUGGUUUUGGAAAAGGAGUUUGAGCUUUCCCACAGUUCAAAGAGUGCCAGUGUUCAUUUCUGUGGAUACAAGGCAUAUUACGAUGCCGAUAAUAGUGACGAGGAUGAAUUUACUGAUAGCGAUGAGGAUGAUGAGGAUGUUCCAUUGAUUAACACAGAGAAUGGAAAACCUGAAACAAAAGCUGAAGACUUGAAGGUACCUGAAUCUAAAAAAGCUGUUGCCAAGGCUAGUGGAUCAGCAAAACAAGUCAAGGUUGUUGAACCAAAAAAAGAUAACGAGGAGGACUCUGAUGAUGAUUCUGAUGAUGAUGAUUUUGGAUCUUCUGAUGAAGAGAUGGAGGAUGCUGAUAGUGACAGUGAUGAUGAGAGUGGUGAUGAAGAUGAUGAUGAAGAGACCCCUCCCAAGAAGGUGGAUCUGGGAAAGAAGAGACCCAAUGAGUCUGCAUCAAAAACUCCAGUUUCUUCCAAGAAAGCCAAAAAUGCUACUCCUGAAAAGACUGAUGGUAAGAAAGGUGGACAUACAGCAACUCCUCACCCUGCAAAGAAAGGCGGAAAGACUCCCAACAGCGAAGCCAAAGCCAAGACUCCCAACAGUGAAGCCAAAGCCAAGACUCCUAAGUCUGGUGGACUCUCUUGCAAAACCUGCAGCAAGUCUUUCACCAAUGAAAGUGGUCUGCAACAACAUAACAAGGCAAAGCAUGGUGGUCAGUGAUAUUUUUGCUGUUGGUUAUGACUCAUUCAUGUAUUAUUUUUGGCUUAUGUAAUAGAGUGAGUUUCCUAAGGACGUUAGGCAUCUGUCCUUGUUUUUCGGCCCAGUAAACCGUGGUAUUGUGGUAGUGUUGAAGGUGAAUGCAUGUUUGAUAAGUUUUUGUUUGAAAUUUUAAUGGGAACUUCAAUUAUUGUCUAUAAUUAUUGCGUUUAGAUUA